AGAGGACAUUCCUAAUCAAAACGGUUAAAUUAAUAUUAUACAGGUCAACCAGUCAAAGAUCAAGGCGAAAGUGUUCCAAACAAUAUAUAGAGGAUGCUUAGAAUCACUAACAUGAAGAUGCUGCCGUAGUCAUCAUGUCAGAGUGCGCACUGUAUCAAAAUGGUUAUUUUAAAAACUGGCUUAAGUGCUGUAUGUGUCUACGACACCUCCACGAUGGGUUGCACGAUUUUGUUCACGCAAAUAUCCAAGAUCAGCACAAAUGCUUGCUCCUUAUGGUCGAGCGAACAUGUAAAUUGAACGAAAAAUACUCUUGCAGUGAGUGCACCAUCGACAAUCUGCUACCCAAUCAUGAUAAGACAAAAUGUCCUCAGAAAAAGUCAAAACAAGUGUGUAAUUGUUUCAAAAUUGAGGGGAAACGAAAAUGUCCACAGAAUGGGGCAUGUGGACAUAUGUUAGAUUUAACAAUUAAGAGACACGUCUUAAACCAACCGAAUUGGAAAAAUACCGAUUUUAGACAAUGGUUUGAAAACUCUUGGGAAUUCGGAAAGUGUUUCACGAAUGGCACAGGACUAUUCGGCAUCGGGUCAUCAAUAUGUACCGAUGCAUCAGGGCUGAUAAGCAUUUGUCUGAAUAACAUAGAGAUCAAGCAGAAGUUGUCCUCCCCGGAUGUGUUAGCAGAGAUGAUAAAAACCCGCAACAAGCUUCUACACUCCAGUAAACUAGAAGUUGGGGAUACAGAGCUUUGCACCGUGUUUGAUUUAAUAAAGGGCAUUUUAAGUGACCCGAUUUUGGCGUAUGAUGUCAAAGCAAAAGCGUCUCUGGAAGAAAUCGAGAAGCUGCGGAAUGACACCUUUUUAAUAACUUCUGAGCACAAUGUUGCUGUAAGAAAAAUGAACUUACAUGCAAUAGCAGAAAGGAAAGAAGAAAUUGAAGAGGAACUGAAAGAAAUAGAGGAAAGCCACCACACAGAUACGUCAGAUUCGGAUGAUGUUUUAAGCAAAGAAAAUGACCUGAACAAAGAGCUUGCAGAUUUAAAAGUGGUGCAAGAUAAACAUUUUGCCUCUCUUGUUGCUUUCAUUAAUCAGUUGGAGGAAAAUUUGAAAGACCAUAAAAAAGACCUAGAAGUUAUUCAAUGUCGGAUGAAAACACACAAUGCCUUACUUGAAGCAGUUGUCAAGACAUUAGACGAGCACGGAAAAACACUCAAAGAUAUAGGAAAAGAUGUGUCCGAAGUUCUCAACCAAGUGAAUCUAUUAAGCACAAAGGACCACGUUGAUAUAAAUAAAAUUCCUAUUCCAUAUGUUCGUGUCGUUAUACAAUUGCAAAACGCACGGGAAAAACAAGAAGAGACGGUAUUUAGCUACUUUGUUAAUGUGGGGAAAAUUUUGAAUGGCGAAGACAGCAGCAACAAUAAUAACUUGCAUACGCCUGUAGUUGCUGCACUAACACAUUCUUUGCAAGAAAUAACAGGUGAUUCCAAAGAUAUUGAAGACAUCAAACACGAAUGCAUAGCGAUAUAUAUCCAGUGUUAUUCCUUGCAAUCACUCGUGGCUCUGAUAAACGAUUACAUGUCUGGUGAACUUAGUGCCAAGUUUCGUCCUUUUGUGUUGGAACUUCAGAAAAUAUGCGGUUACGAAAACGUUGACUUGGAAGUUUCCAUUUUCGAAAAGGAUUUCGUACAAUGUCUGGAUAAAUUCCUAUUAAAGGUUAAACGGCGCUUAGGAAAAAUCACAUACGAUGUCAUCAAAUCUGCGGUGCAAGAUUUUGUUAGUGUGGAUUCUUCGAGAGGCGAUCAAAGCAUUGAAAUGAAUAUUACGGGUGGUUUGGAGGAUCAGGGAGCUCUUUCAGAAUCAACGUACGAUCCAAAAUCCGACGAGGAAUGUGAAUGUGCUGAGUCACUGAUAAGCGAUGGCAGCGAUUCGUCGGGUGAAUUAAGAUCUGGAGACGAUAACGUUGACACAGAUGAUAAAAUCUGCUUGGAAAGCAAAUUGCUAAAUACUGAUGCACACAAGAAAGGGCACUCUCUUGAAGAUGAAUGUGACAUGCAAGAAAUGUAUGAAGAGCGGAAACAAGAAGAACUAAAAGUAAAAAAAGAUAUGGCUGUUAAUAAUACUGAGAUGAAAUUUGGGAUUGGACCUGAGGGCUCUCUAUAUGAAUGUACAGAUGCAACGUGUAAUCAACCAGUUGAAAUCCCUAAAAGAAGUGAGGUGAUAACAGUGGUAAACGAAGAACCUGGUCACUCUGUGCCACAAACAAGCGGCAUGGAACAGUCCAAGCAAGGUUUGAGAGACACGCAUCAUACAUUAAUUAAACAGAUUAGAGCUUAUGAACAUGAGGGAAAGGAAGAGGCAUUCGAUUGUUCGACUAGUAAUGGUAAAGAAUUUCCGUUGCAAUACACUGUUAUACGCACACAAAAUGAUAACAAACAAACACUAAACAAAGCAACGGACGAUUCUAUGCAAAAUAGGAGCAAACGUGUCUUUUAUCAAAAUAAAGAUAUAUACAAACCCAGUAAUGAACGUUCGCUUGUAUUGAACAACACAAACGCCAGCAACGAUUCAGAGGUGCAAACUGUUGAUGGCCUUGACGACAUAUCUGAAACAAAAAUGGAUUCGGAAAUCAUACAGACUUUGCAUUAUGAAAACAUCAACGUAUCUAGAAAUACAUGUGAUUUUAAACCAAAUAACGAUAAUAAUGUUACGCUAAGUAAUAAAAAUAAAAAUAUGCAUGCUGAUGCUGGCGAUGGAUAUCAUGAAGACGAGGAAGUAGAAGUAAAAGAGGAUGAAGACACAGAUAGUGAUGAAAGAGAUGAAAGCGAAGAAAACUUAGAAAAGGGACAAAAGAACGAAUCCGACAAAGAGACAGACAAAGAAGGAGAAUGCGAAAUUUCAGUAGCGAAUUUAAAAACAAGUGGACAUUUCGAUUUUCCAUACAACGAAGAAAGUAAUGUAACAAAGACGACCAUCUUUGAAAGAAAGAACUCCGCAACCUACACAUUUAAUAACAAAAUGAAAGAUAUAGUAAAUCCAGACGUAAUGUUUCAAAGAAAAGAUUGCGCACACAUCACGGAACAAGAGAGGCCUCUUGAGAGUACUUCGGUACAUGCAAAACAUUAUGAUGAAAAUUAUUGUGCUAAAACGAUGAUCGAUGGAUUUCCUGACAAACUUGACUGUUACCGCAUAACGUUGGAACAAGAUCUAGAACAGGUUACAAGUAGCAAGAUAUAUAGAACAACGUGGGACUUUCAGAUAGAAAGCAGGAUGCCUUUGAAAGAAGUGUCCUUGAUGGAAUGUGAUACAGCUUUCAACAUUUCUGGAAUAACCGAUGGCGAUAAAGCUGUUCCUGAUAUCCCAUGUAUGUGCCAGAAAUGGACGAAUAAUGCAUCCUGCGAUGGCAUGUGCAAAUAUUCUGUAAAGGUGCAUUUCAAUUCUCUCUGCUACGGAAAGUUUCAACAAACAGUAAAAUUUGACUUCGGAAGUGAAGUUGGAAAAAAGACAAUGCGGAUUACCAUGAAAGCGAUAGAAGAUAUUAAACAAAUAAAGUCGGAGUACCUUACGUACCACGGAAAACAAUGGAAUUCAGAUUGUUAUGAUAUAAUACCAUUUAAUCCAAACAACCUAUCUAACGCUAAGGAAGAUCAUCUAGAUAAGUAUUCACUUCUCAGCCUUAGUACAGAUGAAUAUGCAACGGACGUUUCUGGAGAAUCAACCCGUGAGAAUUACAAGCUUGCAAUGCACAAACUGUUGUUUGCUGAAGAAUUUGACCGUAAACAGAGGAUAGCUGAGUUUGACAUGAGCACGUGUUUGACGCAUGUAUCCGAAAGUUCAGUUGUAACCAACUUCGAAGGAAGGGUCCAAAGGCAAGAUAAGCUCUUUGCAAACAUACAACUAAACGACGAAUUUAAGGCCGACACGCUUGCUGCACAGCUGCUAUUUCGAGAUACAAAUUACGUUCUAAUAAGACCUUUGACAGAUGAUACGAAAACAAAGGUAUACGAGGUUUUGAUUUUAAGAUUACAAAAAGAUUCGAUAGUUGUGCAAGUAACAGACACAUUUGUGAACGAUGUGGACUUUUCAAGCAAAAAAGAAAUACCUAUAGAGGUUCAAAUGCAGCUGAAUCGCUCAAACCUAUUGAACAUGCACAAAGCGAUAGACAACCUGGAUGGACUUCAUUUGGUUCUGCCUGAGAAUUUUCCACAUUUAGAUAUCUCAGAAACGCCAAUGUCUCCUAUAGACGAGGAUUUAGAUAAAUGCAACAAGAACCAGCGUGAUGCGAUUCGGAAGGCUGCCGUGACAGGUGUUAUGGAAGCUCCACCAUUACUGAUUGUUGGACCUUUUGGCACAGGAAAAACGUUUACUAUUGCUCAAGCCACCAAGUAUAUCAUUCAUAAGGAAUCGUCAGCAAGGGUCCUUAUAUGCACUCAUUCUAAUAGCGAAGCCGAUAUUUAUAUAAAGGAAUAUUUCCAUUCGUACGUUAAAUCGGGACAUGAAGAGGCGCGACCAUUACGGGUGGUAUUCCAGCAUCGGUGGGCACAUACUGUUUCAGAAGAUGUCAAGCCAUAUUGCUUACUAACCAACGAUGUCCCAUACCCACAUUUCAGGGAACCUACAAUUGACGACAUUAAGACUAGCAGAAUUGUUGUGACGACAAUGGGCACUGCAGACGUAUUGACACGUGUGGUACCUAAAGGGUAUUUCACUCACAUUUUUCUGGAUGAAGCGGCGCAAGUUCUAGAGACAGAACUUCUUGUUCCUUUGUCAAUUGCGGGGCCUGAAACGCGAGUGAUUUUGGCUGGGGACUAUAUGCAGAUGAGCCCUGUUCUGUACUCCAAAGUUUGCCGUAAAAACGAUUUUCAAACAUCUUUAAUAGAACGACUUAAUAAAUCCUAUCCAAAAGGCAGCGUCUACAAGAUAAUUUUGUGUGAAAACUAUCGAUCAAAUUCAGCAAUAGUCGACUUCACGUCAGCCUUUUACGAUUACCCACUUAAAGCUGUCAAAAACCAACCGCGACAUGACGAACUUUAUCCGUUGGCUUUCUUCGCAGUAAGGGGAGAGGAAAAGAUGUUAGAAGAUGAUGUCAAGUCCGGUUAUUACAACGAAGACGAGGUUCAAGAAGUGGUAGAGCAGGUCCAAUUUUUGACACAAUAUAGGACAAAGGCGUGGACAGAACUUUCUGAGAAUGAUAUUUGUGUCGUGGCUCCAUAUCACCUUCAAGUUAUGUACAUCAGGCAAGAACUUCGCAAAAACCGACUUUCGUCUGUCUGCGUUGAGAGAAUAGAUAAUGUGCAAGGAAAGGAGUUUAUGGUAAUUAUAAUAAGCACAGUGCGUACAAAGGCGCCGAUAGAUGAAGACGACGAGCUUGAUCUGGGAUUUUUGUCCAACAUACGACUGUGCAACACAGCCAUGACUCGUGCCCAGUCCCUAAUCAUAACAGUCGGGGAUCCGUUUGCCUUGUGCGGUUUUGGCCAAUGCAGGGAUUUCUGGAAAUGUUACAUUGAACAAUGCAACGACUCGCGAUCUUUAAUUGGUAUUGAAUGGAGACGGUUUCAAUUCAAAUGUGAAAAAGAUACUCAAAAUCGGACUUUGCCCACCGCAUUUCCAUUCCUCCCCAAACAGACAAGAUCACACCUUGACAACAGAAGAAUGACAGUUGAUUUGCAGAAAUGUGAAUCAAACAUAAAGUCAAAUGAGCACUCGACUCUAAGGAUUACGACAUUACAUGAUCUUAUAGACGAUUAUCUGAAGCAAUCAAAGCAAACAAUUGAACAGUUCAAUAGUAUUGCCGACACGAAUACAAGUUCUUUGGAACAUGACAAUUUGGUACAUCUUCAACCGCAACAAAACUCAUUGUCUGGUCCUAGCUAUCAAGAGACUUCAACGUCAGAUUUAAGAAAUCAACAACACCCUUUUAUUGCCUUGAGCAACCAACAACCUUUGACAUAUUCAAGCAAUCAACAGAGCACGGCAGGUUUCAGUCAACAUGAUAGCUCAAUCUCGGUAGAGAACCCUUUGCCUGAUGUUACCACCCCAAUAUACGCAUUACCUGGAGAAUCUCUACAGCACAGCCAAAAUUCGAUUCUAUCACAGGGUUUCAGCCCAGCAUCGAGGCUUAACCAGCAAUAUACUGCCAUACCAGGACGCCAACAGAACGCAACAAUAUCAGGACCAAAUAAUACACAUUUGCAACAUAACACCGUUCCGAGUGUUGGCUUUCAGUCCGGUUAUGUUCCAAACAUAAACAGUCUACCAAGUCACUUGAACGGCUUUGGUACAUUUGGAUUCUCGCAAAAUGCGGUGCAAAGUAUUUCAAAUUCUUUGAAUGAGUCGCAGCCGACAAGCAUGAACUAUAAUUUGAGACAAUCGCAAAAUGCGAACAAUUUUCAACCGCCCAAUAAUGUGGCAUUCUUCGAGAGCCAGACGCAGGGUCAUCUCUUGUCCGGAGCACCAGCGUACAAUCAAAUGCCUAAUCAACCGCCAUACAAUGCGUUUGGAUUUUCACCCCAAUACAGCUAUUUACCACAGCAAACACACAAUUCAUAUGGUUGGCGUCCACCUGGCUACAACAAUAUUCCUAUGGAGAACAUACCGAGAAUCCCGUACAUGGGCAGUAAUGCCAUAUUUAUGAACGCCCCACAUCAUCUUCUAGGCCAAUCCAUCAUUAACGUGAGUCAUGGUCAGAUGCCAGAUCCAACCGGGAAUUCACUUCUUAGAGGGAUGAAUUCUGCACCAAAUGCCUUGUCAUUUUUUCCCUUGAGAUUUCCCAUGCAAGCAAAUGUAAGACCAGAAUUGCUCACGAGUGGAAAGGGACCCACAGCUCAAUUGACUGUAAAAAUGCCACCGCUUCCACAGCCUAUUGAUACGUCAAUGCAUACUUGCGUUAGCCAGGAUACCCUUCCAGAACAGACAUCAAACAGUCACAUGGAAAAGGGAAACGCUAAUAAUAACAUUUUAUCACCUUCUUUUGAAUCGUUACUAAAAGAAAGCAUGAUUCCGAUCUAUAUUUCAUCAACAAGUGGUGACCAGGGACAAUGUAAGGGAUUGGCGUCUAUGGAAAGUAAAGAGUCCGCAACAAAUCAUUGUUCUGAUGGAGUCAACAUUGUUCCGAAUGAAGGCAUUGAAUCAGUGACAAAAACAAAAAAUAAGACGGAGGCGUUCGAUGCAAAUAAUGCAAAAGUACAGAAUGUCAAUUUAUGCCCUCCGGAAGAUUCCAGUAAAAACGCUUCCGGCAAUGAGUUUUCUCCAAUGUCAAUGAGAAGUAGAAAAAAAUCAGAAUCACACAUCGAUGAAAAAACAAGCAACGACAAGCUUAAAGAAUCACCGAAAUCAUGCAACUUCCAUAACGAUAUGACAACCACAAAGAAAACUCUCAAAGAUAUGGCAGUCACCGACAAAAACUGCGAUAAAAAAAUCAUCGACGAUACCCAAAAUGAAAAGCAUAAUGACACAGAAGAACAGUUUGAACCUGUACAUAUGAAAUCAUAUUCUGAUGCACUACGCAUUAGUCCUGUGAAAAUUGAGGGCAAAACAAAGGUCAGUUCAGAACCGGGUAACGCCAAAAUUCGCACUAAGGCUGUCCAACAAGCAAAUUCAUCCAAAGCUUCGAAACGUCAACAACAUUCGUUUAAAACGCCCCAAAAGAAACAGAGUGAAAACAUUGAACGUAAAUGGAAUGCUGCACAAAAGAGGAGGACGUUGUCUGAAGGAACUGAAGAACACGAAACUCUGACAGAUUGGACAGAGAUUGGGGCCACAAAAAAGAGAAUUGCAACUGUGAUCGCACAGCAAGGUCAGUCCACUAGGCCUCAAGGUCAAAGUAGCACCCGUUUUACUCCGGAGUCGUCAAGCAUUCCGGCAGACCAAGACGUGAUGAAAAAGUCUGCACGACCAACGUUUGCUCAAUUCAUGCAAACUAACGAUGCUUUAAACCCGCCAAUAUCAAGAAAAACUAAGUCAAAAUAUGCGCACAAUAAUGAUUUCCACAAACUGAAAAAUCCAACUCUCGGCGAUUUCCUACCUAAAUCGGGAAGCAACUCCUAACUCUAAAUAGCGUGUAAAACACAUUAAGCUAGACCUGAUAUGUCUACGGCCAAAAGUGAUUCAUGUUUCUAUUUAGAUGGCGGGUUAAUCAUGAAUGUUAAUCAGUGACCUCACAAUAUGACAUAUAAAGAUUGGCAUGACUUUUUAAUUGACAUCUGCUGUCAUUUUCAAGACGUGGAGUUGCACGUAAGUCGGAAUCACAGUAUAACGACGAUAACGAAAAUGUAGGAAGUAUAGCACGGGAAAUUGGGUCAACAGUCGAGCUAAAAUUAAAUAUUAUAAAAGUAAAGUUUAAUAUUGCGCAUAUGUAACUUUACCAGCAUGGGUCUGUUAUGGAUCUUUUGAUUUAUUACAGAAAGUUGUUUUACUUUAUAAAACAGUGUCGUUGCUUGUCGAAGAUAUAUACAAAAUUGUAAGCAUCAUAUGUUAACAUACUUAUUUAUUGAUAUGUUCAAUUAUUAAUUUAUAAUUAUAUAUUUGUAUUAUUUGAUACAUUGUCUUUUUGAUUAUGUCCAUGUUUUGCUUACAAGUGUGUUUAACUUAUAUUGUCUCUUACUCAUAUGCACAUUUGCUACACUCGUUAAUAUCAUGAGAUUAUAUUUGGCGUACGGUUUGUAUGCAAACGUUUGUCUAUUCAAUUGACUUACACUUAGUUUUUGCUAUCAUUUGUAGUUUCUGCAUAGAAUGUCUCAUUUGUCUUCGUCUUUUUCCUGUUUACAUCGUGAUCUUGGUAUUUGCACAUACUCGUGUUUGUGUGUUUCCUGCUUUUUGCUGAUUAACGCGGGAAUUAUUUGAAGAAACAUAGCAAACAAUGAAACUAUAUAAGGAAAGAUAUUCGUGUUCUUACCCACUUCUUUACACGUGUUGUGUUGUAUUGACUUCACAAAUGCACAAUAUUUUUUUAUAAAUGUUUGAGCAACAACAAAAAGUUCCAAAUCUUAAAUUAAAAAGCUUUAUAAUCGCCAAACGUUUAUGCAAACUGUAAACGACCCCUCCCGUUACAACGCCUUUGUAAUAUUAAAUAAAAGUAAAAUUUUAAAUUAUAACUAAGUAUAAUUGUGUGUUUCCUAUUGGUAUUUGUUUUGUUUUAAAAGUUUAAAUUGUUUCUACAAAUAUUUUGCAACGAACUUUGUGAUUUAUAUGGCGACAAAGUGUCGAUAUUGUGUUUAUAAUGAACUUUAUUUUAAAUGUUGGUAAACAUAUUUUUAUAUCAACAGUGAUUAGAUUAUUGAUUUAUAAAACGAAGAUGAUGUUCUGCAUUAUCAUAAAUUAUUUGUUGUAGUCAACGCCGUGUAAUCCGUGUUUUUUUUACAAACAGUAUGACGCAUACAGUAUAUUUUCUAUAUAGCCAUUAAAGAGUGUACUUUUGUUAUAUAAAAGUCGGCUAUGUGUGAUCCUGAUUCGAUGAUCCAGAGUAUCCUCUUGGAAAUAUUACGUGAAGAUUUUGCAUUGUGUUUAUUGAAAUGUGCAAAGUCCAUAACUUUUUAAAUAACACUUAUAUAUCUCAAAAAGCGUUGAUUGAUAAAUUCAUCUUCUUAUACAGAUAUCUUGAUUGUCGGAUCUUGAUGUGCACACUUAAAAUCGUGAUGCUGCUGAUAAAGUAUCACAAUUCGCUCAAACUAUUUUUUAUAACUGGACUGAUCAAAAUCUUCACUAAAUUGUACACUACACGUGCCUUGUUAUUUCUCAACAGUGGAUUAAAAAUAAACUGAAAACAUAACUUACUUAACUUGGAUACUCUCGAUGUGGUGUCCUAUUAGGUCAAUAUAUCUAAAUACGGUAAUGUAUUGUUGUGAUAAUUUAUGUGAUGUAUGUACUUUGUAAUUGCUUGCGUGAUAAAUAUGAUUUAUAUCAAAUUGUAGAAAUGUCUUCAUCGUUGCUGAAUAUCUUCCACAUCGAUGAAAACUGUUGAUAUGUUUUAUAAUUGGUUGUUUAUAUAAACAUAAAAUUUAUUACUGA